CUGCCAGAAGCGUCGAAUACUAUGCGGGAACAUGUGUUUGCGGUGAUCGCACAUCAGACCAGUCAGCCGACGACUUAUGAAGCUUUUGCGACGUCCUGUCAACAAUGGCUGCGUGAUGGACGAGAAGGGAUUUUCUGGAGAGAGAUGUUACACUUUAUCAACCGCCGCGUGGACAUGGGUGUGUGGGACCAAAGUCGGUGUUAUUACUCAGUCGACGGGACGUUGUAUGAUCCGGCUCAUCGGCAGCGAACGGAGUCGGAUGAAGAAGUGCAGGUGGUCAAUGUGGUGCUGCGGGAUCCGCGUCGCCGACGCAACGUGGGGAAUGUGGAGCUGAUUGUGGUAUCAGAUGAUGAGAUCAGUGUGUCGACCAACGGAGGGCGGACCAUUGAUUCCACACGGGCCACCAACGGGACCGGAGAUUCCGAUCGGGAGAUGAACGGGCUGUCGUCAGAGACCGAUACGGAUGCUACAGAGUUCCGAGAUCACUGGGAUCGCGAGAUAGAAACCAGCGAUGACCACAUGGAUGUGAGCGAGGAUUCGCGAGCGCGAGCGCAGUCAUCCCGACGCCGUGACACUCCGGAUCCGCGUUCGCCCUCGCUGGACCGCAAUAUCCAACGUGAAAUCCAGCGUCAGCAACCAAUGGUCGUGCAUUCCAUCAAUUCCAUUCACAUGCGUCGACAGCAGCGGCGCGGCCCGGAAUCGCGUCAACUGCACCGUCAGGAAACCUCACGCCCGGUGCGCAGUAGCGCCAGCAGUCGCAGCGCUGCCGAGCGUCGCCGCUCGGUGCGCCAGGGGCGCAGCACGACGACGACGAGCCGCAGUUCGCGGGUGAUGCGCCACGGUCUGCGCGGUACGACGCGCUCCACACGCCCACGCGACGACGAGGAUAUGGAUACGGAGGGCGAGGGCGAUCCGCUGCCGGUUCCCAUCCCGUCGCGAUAUCCGCGCAACCGCAUACUGCAGCGAACGGCACGCGGGGAUUCACCAGAUCCGCGACACCGCAGUUUUGCUCCCAGGCCGCGUGCGUCAGGUUCUAUGGAGCGCCGUCCUAUGUCGGGACGAUUACGCAGCGGCGGCAGUCGCCGCAAUCGUUACUAGUGAACGCGCGUGACCUCACGCGAAUAUUUUAUUUUUCCUCGAUGGAGGAGAUUGGUGUGAGAAGAUUUGAAAGGACUGCAAUAAGUGCUUGGGAUGUGGAAAGUGACAAGGAUGACCAGUGUUAUGUGUUAUCUUUGUGUCUUUCAGCGUUCGAUUGACUAAUAAUUAUUUGAAUUAACCUACCUGACUCUUGGAAUGGAUCCAAAUGCCAGCAGUAUCGUUUUCUUUUUCGCUUCUGUUUAACAUUUUGCAGAUGUUGUUGUUUCUCUUGUCGUUGGUUUUUUUGCUGAUGAAUAGAAAUUUUUUGUAAAGACCCCCUAGCAUUUUUCUCUGAGAUAUUAUGCAAAAAUCGUAAGUAAGUGUGCUUUUUUAAAUGCGGGUUUUAUUGUGAUUAAGUAUCUUUUCGGGUUUGAUGUUCGGGUUGUGAAACCGAUGCGUUUCAACUGUUAUAGUGUAGUAAAAUUAUUUGCAGUUAGAAUUUUGUAUUGCUACUUGAAAGUUACAAACUGGGUCGUGUCAAUUUUGCGUUCUUAAUCGAGCGAAAAGCUUCCAAGUCGCCGGUUUACUU